AAUGGACAAAUCCUUCUCUUUCUCUCUUCCUCUGUUUCAUUUGGCUGGUUGUUCUUAGAAGACAUACUGUUACUGUGGAAUCUCUUCGUCAUAACCCCAAUAAUACUCCAUCACACUCAAUGUUUCAUCAUCGAGUUCUUCUCAGCACUUUAGCAGAUUCCAUUUAUUGAAUGUCAUGCCAGAGUGAUGCAAAACGACCUGUGAAAUACUAGUUUGCAUGGUCAUAUUUUUUUGGAAUGGGUAGAGGCAGAGGAAAAAUUAAAAAGUUAACUGUUACCAAUGAUGAGGAUCCUUUGAAUGGUAAGGAUGAAAAAGGUCCUAUGCAGAAGAGAAGAGGAAGACCACAAAAACUGUUGAAGGAUGACUUUGAUGAAGAAGUUGUUAUAAAGAUAGAAGAUGACGGUGACAAAGUUGAAAAUGGAGUCUCUAGUCAUGAGAUGAAAAGUCCCAAUACAACAAAACAUGGAAGAAAAAGAAAAGGAAAUUCACAAGUGAAAGAGAAAUUAGAGUCAGCUGAAGAGAAAAAUGGUGUAAACAUUCAUGAGGUGACAAAGUCUGAUAAUGGAUUUCGGCACAAUAGAAGCAGGCGCAAAAGCAAACCUCAUCGAGCUGCUGAAGUUGGUGUGCAAUGCAUGUGAUGCAGCCUCAUAUAAGUGUUCGAAAAUUCGAAAAUAUGCCAAGGCAUACACUGGUCUCAACGUGGCUCCGUCGUUUCCCCUAUGUUUGAGGGGUCAUUUAGUGAUUUCCUGUCAUUAUUUUCUCUUAUUAUUUCAAGGAUGAUU